GCUUAGCAACCACUAUCCAAAACAACCGGUCCUCACGUUUCCGAUAAUCCACAGCGAGUAUUAAUUAGUUAACUGUAGCAAACAUUGCUCUUCACUUUCGGGUUUUACAAGACAAAACCUGUGGAUAUGUGGAGGAAUAAUAUGGAGCUGAAAACACAAGGCUUCACCGUGAAGUCCACCAUGAAGAACUCCGUGGUGGUGGGUCCCCCGGCUGCGGGGGCUUUUCGGGUGCGCCCUUCCAAACCAACCGCCUUUCGCAAGUUCUACGAGCGCGGAGAGUUCCCGAUGGCGCUGGAGCAUGACAGCAAAGGCAACCGCAUUGCAUGGAAGACUGAGAUCGAGAAGCUGGACUACCACCACUACCUGCCUCUAUUCUUUGACGGCCUAUGCGAGACCGUUCAUCCGUACGAGUUCUUCGCCCGCCAGGGAGUCCACGACAUGCUGGAGCACGGAGGCCCCAAGAUCCAGCCCGUCGUUCCCCAGCUCAUCAUCGCCAUCAGGAAUGCCCUGAACACGAGGAACCGCCUGGUGAUCUGCACCACCCUGAAAGCCAUGCAGCAACUGGUGAUGUCCGGCGACAUGGUGGGAGAGGCUCUGGUGCCCUACUACAGGCAGAUCCUCCCCAUCCUCAACAUCUUCAAGAACUCGAACCUCAACUCCGGAGAUGGCAUCGACUACAGCCAGCAGAGGAGGGAGAAUGUUGGGGACCUGAUCCAGGAGACUCUGGAGGUGUUGGAGCGCUACGGAGGGGAGAACGCCUUCAUAAACAUCAAGUACAUGGUGCCCACCUACGAGUCCUGCAUCAGCUGAGGAGGGGGGCGUCCUCCUGACGUUGCACAGACUCUUGACAUUAUCUGUUUGUCAGUCCUUCUUUAUCUGCUCCCCAAACUCUAAAUUAAACACUUAUCUUAUCCCUUCUUUAUCCUAGCCCUCCCCCAAUCUCAACGUCACUCCAUGCAUUCUCUUUUUGUUUCUGCACCGAUCUCUUAAGGCCCAGACACACUUGCUCCACUUUCUUUAGCAUAUCCUUUUAAACUCCUAUUAAAUUCAUUGCAAGUCAUA